GAAACGGAAAAAAAGCGAUUACUCUAACCGAUCGUUAAGCAACAGCGUGAACAGCUCAUCAUCAUCAAAGAGUCAAAAAGAAAAGGAAAACAAAAAACAAUAGCGUGAAGAUAGCGACACAUGCGCGGGGGAAAACAGUGAUUAUCAUUCCUUAAUUAACCAGAUCGAAUCGGAGAGGCAGGAGAGGGAGGGAUCUCUCCGUCUCCACGCCGCGUCCUCCCGCACGAAUCCGCGCUGCGGCCAAGCCCUAGCCACCCCCCGCCCAUUCAUGGUGGGCGGGCCGUGAGAUCUCCAGGGAGGGGAGGCUCGUGGGCUUCGUACGUCGGCCGGGAGCGGGAGGAGAUGGGCGCCCGGAACAGCGCUGCCGCCACGCCGGUGCUGCUCAACGUCUACGACCUCACGGCCGCGAACGAUUACCUCUACUGGCUCGGCUUCGGCGUCUUCCACUCCGGAAUCGAAGUCCAUGGCACGGAAUAUGGAUUUGGAGCCCACGACUACCCAUCCAGUGGUGUGUUUGAGGUGGAAUCAAAGAGUUGCCCUGGCUUUAUCUACAGAAGAACGGUGUGGCUAGGCACAACAGACAUGUCUCAUGAAGAAUUCCGCUCGUUUAUUGAAAAACUCGCAGGGGAUUAUCAUGGCAACACGUAUCAUCUGAUUAAUAAGAACUGCAAUCACUUCACAGAUGAUGUCUGCCAGAACUUAACUGGGAAGCCCAUCCCUUCCUGGGUGAAUAGGCUUGCGAGAGUAGGCUCAGUUUUUGAUUGUCUUCUACCAGAAAGCGUUCAAGUUUCUCCUGUAGGUCGUGUCCCAACUCGUCGUCAAAUAUCUGAUGAUGAUUUGUGUUCAAUACAUUCACCAAUCAUUGGUGAAAGCGACAAUGAUGAGGAUGAGGCCAAACACCUGCUACCAGCUCCAUCCAACGACCUGCAUUCUGUAGAUGUACCACCAAAACUAGCGAAAGAUCUUCUCUGAAUCACUCCCUGUUCAUAGGCGCCUACCAUACUGUAACUUAACUCGUAUAGCUAUUGGUGCUAAAGUGAUUCUGAAGAUGGCUUGGCACAGAUAGGAAUUGGCCAUCUUUGAUUAAAGAUGAAGCUCUAAUUGCUUGUCCUUUACCAGUUUGCUGUUUCACCUUGCUGUCUCAUCUCAGCAAACAGUUGUCAUGUAUGGUAACAGGUGGCAUGAUUGUUACUAUGCCAUUUAGCACAUCUGGAAAUUGCAAAUUCGUUAUGUGGGGUUCCAAUACCUGUUAGGAAUUAGGACUGUCGAUGCUUGUACCCAGUGUUGAAGGCUACUGAGCUAGUAUUGGCCACGAAUCCAAAUGGUUGACUAUUUCUGUUGA